ACUCUUCCAGAAAUCUGCUCUGAACAAGAUGAAAUGGAUUUCCUGAUGGAGGCUUUGAUUAUCAGCAAGUUUAACCAUCAGAACAUUGUCCGAUGUAUCGGUGUGAGUUUGCAAGCCUUGCCUCGGUUUAUCCUCUUGGAGCUCAUGACUGGAGGAGACAUGAAGACUUUCCUUCGUGAAAACAGGCCCAAAGCUACACAGGUAUCGACAUUGACAAUGCUGGACCUUCUGAACAUGGCCAAGGAUAUAGCUUGUGGCUGCAAAUACCUGGAAGACAACCAUUUUAUUCACAGGGAUAUUGCAGCAAGAAACUGUUUACUAACCUGCAGUGGACCCAGGCGAGCAGCCAAAAUUGGAGAUUUCGGGAUGGCUCGAGAUAUUUAUAGGGCAAGCUACUACAGAAAAGGUGGACGUGCCAUGCUGCCAGUCAAGUGGAUGCCUCCAGAAGCUUUCCUUGAAGGAAUUUUCACCUCCAAGACAGACACAUGGUCAUUUGGUGUGUUGCUGUGGGAAAUUCUGUCACUUGGAUACAUGCCAUACCCCUGCAAAAGCAAUCAGGAAGUCUUGGAGUUUGUAACGAGUGGUGGAAGAAUGGACCCACCCAAGAACUGCCCUGGGCCUGUAUAUCGCAUUAUGACCCAGUGUUGGCAGCACCGACCAGAAUACCGGCCUGAUUUCUCCACCAUAUUGGAAAGAAUUAACUACUGCACACAAGAUCCAGACAUUGUCAACACGCUCCUCCCUGUUGAGUAUGGCCCAACGGCAGAGGACGAAGGGAAUACGGUGAUGCGACCUGACAGCUCUGGUGGUGUGACCCCACUGCUGAGGGUCAGCUCGACUCUCGCUGCCACUCGCCCUCACACUGCCAGUCAGAUGGCGGAGUUCCUGCAAUCCGGGUCGAAACUCCAAAACAUUCAGGAGUUGCCAAAGGGAGAAAGCUUUGGCACCAAGGUGGAGAAUGGCUAUCAGACAGCCCCCACCAGCGGCCACUGGCUUUACUAUGAAGCCGGGGCGGCUCACUCCUCUGAAGUAAAACCUCAACAGGAGCAGAGGUUGAGGAACCAGACCAAAACCUUGUGGAACCCCACUUAUGGAUCCUGGGUCUCCGAGAGUUACCAGAGAGCUUCAGUGCCCUCCGAGGUGGGAGAGAAGCCCCUGAAUGCCGCUGAGAGGGAGGACUCGGGCUUAGAUUGCAACAGCAGUUCCCCACCAAGCUCCCGGGAAUCCCCUUCCCCAGGCAGCCACGGCCUGGCUCUAGAAGUUGGAGGCCAGUUGCUUCUCAAAGCGCAGAGUUUCCCUUGCGGAAAUAUCAAUUAUGCUUAUGAUGGACUGGGCAUUGAUACAGAUGGUGCCCAGGUACCACGGGACUCAAAUGAGGAGGACGGUCCCAGGCAGAAGAUGGCAGGUCUCAGCAAGGAAAUGCAUUGCCUUUACAACCCAGAGAAGUCAGCAAGAGAUCGUGACUCAGGCCUGUCGCUGUCAGAAGACCUCAGCAUCACCUCUGUAUGAAACCUAACAAGGAUCUGAGAUACAUGCCACAUUGCACAGAUCAAGUUUCAGUUAUAAUCUGUAAGAAGCAAAGAGACACAAUUCCAUUUGACACUGUACCUAGAUUGGAUUGCAAGCUCCCUCCAAGGCCGGGAGAUCUUGAUGGGGCUCAAGGUAGGAAAUAAGCAGCCUCAUCAUGUUGGAAGGCCAUUAAAAACCUAGACAGGAUUCUUUCACUCUGCUCAUUUUUCUUUGAUAUUAUUGACUUGAUAGGAAGAGUACGUAGCCCAGAAGAUCUCUAAUCAGGACUCUGUAGCUGUUUCCACGUUAGUCCUGCAAAUCCUCCUUCUUGUAAAUGGAACUCUUGGCUAAGUGCCAUGUUCUCUAUAGAACAGCCCGGUAAAGAACUGACUAAUCUGAUUGAAUUGGGGGUGAUCAGCUCACACACCAGAAGAAGCUAGAAUUCACAUCUCUGACCCCAGCAAUACUUUA